AUGGCAGAUCCCGAGAAGCUCGAUACUCCUAGCGCGACUGCUCUCAAAGGCGAGAAUGGCCUCGGGGAGCCAGCUAGCUUGGCAGACCAUGUCCGCGGCCGCCAGUUCAGCUUGGACGCCGGAGACAGAGCCAUGGUCGAAGCCGAUCAAGGUGUGCUACAUCGCAGUCUGAAGGGAAGACACAUGCAGAUGAUCGCCAUGCAAGUUUGCUCCUUUGCUAGCAUUUUCACCGCUUCAUGUUGGCAGCCUCAUGGCGGUGCCAUCGGCGCAGGUCUCUUCAUCGGUAGCGGUGGUGCAUUCCAAACCGGCGGUCCUGCUGCUGUACUUCUCGGUUUCAUGAUUAUCGGUGUCAUGAUUUACCUGAUGAUGCAAGCGCUUGCCGAACUCGCUGUGCUGUACCCGAUCAACGGUGCCUUCACCAUGUAUAUUGUCAGAUUCAUCGACCCUUCGUGGGGUUUUGCCUGUGGGUGGCAGUAUGGUAUUGGUUGGCUCACCGUGCUUCCUUUCGAGAUCUCCGCAGCUUGUAACAUCAUCCACUACUGGGAAGGGGUUGAGAAUAUCAACAACAGCGCUUGGAUCGUUCCGUUACUAUUUCUCCUGGUAGUCAUCCAAUUCUUUGGCGUCAGAGGAUAUGGAGAGGUCGAAUUUGCACUCAGUUUGAUGAAAAUCAUCGCCUGUAUUGGCUUCAUGAUCCUCGGUAUAAUCAUCGACGUUGGAGGUGUACCCACCGAUGACAGAGGCUAUAUUGGUGCAAGAUACUGGCAUUCCCCAUACAGUGCUUUCCUUAACGGAUUCCAUGGGUUCUGCACCGUGUUCGUGACAGCUUCUUUUGCCUUUGGAGGAACCGAACUCACUGGUCUGGCUGCCGCCGAGACGGAAAACCCGAAAAAAGAGAUCCCCAGAGCCACAAGACAGGUCGUCUGGCGUAUUUGCAUCUUCUACCUCGUCAAUCUCUUCCUCGUCGGCCUCAUCGUCCCAGCGAACAGCGUGCUCUACCAAGCCGAGGGUCCUUCCAGCAGACGUUCUCCUUUCGUCAUUGCCAUCAAGUUGGCCGGUAUCAAGGCGUUACCCUCCAUCUUCAACGCCGUCAUCUUGAUUUCCGUCAUGAGCGUUGCCAACUCGUGCACGUUUGGCUCCACUCGAACUUUCCAAGCAUUGGCCCAAAAUGGCAUGGGACCGAAGUUGUUCGCAUAUGUCGACAAAAAGGGUCGUCCGCUCGUGGUCGUGCUGCUUCAGCUCCUUUUCGGAUGUGUGGCCUUCGUCAAUCUGGACAAAAAGAAUGGCGGCACUGUCUUUGACUGGCUCCUCGCCUUGUCCGGUCUCUCCUCGUUCUUCAUCUUCGGCAGUAUCGCCAUUGCCCAUAUCCGGUUCCGUGCCGCGUGGAAACUCCAAGGUCACUCUCUCGACGAGUUGCCAUUCAAAGCCACAUUCGGAAUCUACGGAUCCUACGUCUGCGCCGUCAUGAACCUCCUCUGCCUGAUCGCCCAAUUCUACGUCGCGCUCUACCCCGUCGGAGGGCCAAACCUGGACGCCGAAACCUUUUUCAAGAGUUAUCUCGCCGGACCUUUCCUCGUGUUCUUGUAUGUCGGAUGGAAGGCCUGGUCUUGGUUCAACGUCAAAGAGCAUCGCCCUCUUUACAUCCCGAUCAAAGACAUCGACAUCUACACGGGUCUGCGCGACACGCAGGAGUUGAUCAGCGGACCAGAUGUUCCCCCGGAGCAGCGCAGAGCGAGCAUCCUUGAGCUGCAAGAGGAAAACAAGAAGAAGGGUGCUUUGGGCUACGCAAAGGCCGCUUUUCGAUCGGUCUUCUAA